AUGCCAAUGCAAGGGCUGCACCGAGUCCAGGGGAUGGCACGGAUGAGCACGGCCUGUCGCUGGCUAACGACCAACUCCAAACAUGAACAAGUCAAUCGCGUAAGGGGCACAAGGGACGUGCUCGCGGAUGAACUGCAGCACCAUCGCGAGGUGCUGCAAGUGCUGCAGCAGACGGUCGAAGGCUAUGGAUUCCGCUCAAUUCAGACGCCGUUGCUGGAGUACACGGACCUGUUCUCGCGGUCGCUGGGCGAUGGCUCCGACAUCAUUCAGAAGGAGAUGUACACGUUUGAGGACAAGUCAGGCAAGAGCGUUACGCUGAGACCUGAAGGCACUGCCGGCAUCGUGCGGGCGCUGAUUAGCAACAAACUCCUCUCCUCACUUCCACAGAAGCUGUCGUACUCGGGGAGCAUGUUCCGGUACGAACGUCCUCAGCGCGGGAGAUACCGAGAGUUUCAGCAAUUUGGUGUGGAAUUUGUGGGCUCGUCAGGCCCAUCAGUCGAUGUCGAGGUCAUCGCCGUGGCAGCUGACGUCCUGGAUGCUUUAGGCGUUCAGGACAAAGUCGUGUUGGAGUUAAACUCACUCGGUGAUUACGAAAGUCGUGCACGGUAUCGAGCUGCGCUGGGCGUAUAUUUUUCAGCACACAGAAAUGAAUUGUCUACAGAUAGCGUCAAUCGCCUCGAGCGAGGAAGCGUUCUUCGGAUACUAGACUCGAAGAGUGAAAUUGACCAGAAACUGGUUGCGGACGCACCACAGCUCAGCGACUUUCUUUCCGAUGAAUCAAAAACGCGGUUUGACGCCGUUCUGACGGGCCUGAGCGCAUUACGUAUCAGCUACAGACAGAAUCCACGUCUCGUGAGAGGACUAGACUACUACAGCAACACUGUGUUCGAGUUUGUGCAACAAACGUCUGACGCUCCGGACAAGGAGAGAACAACUCAUGGUGGUAUAACGGUGCUUGCGGGUGGUUGCUAUGACGGACUAGUAGAGUCAUUGGGGGGGCACGCAACGGUUUGCGUGGGCUGGGCGGCAGGCGUAGAUAGGCUGAGUCUGCUGCGUGAGAUGCCAACCAAGACGGUGUUCUCCGUUGCGGUUGUCCCUGUUCUUGUUGGCGACAGCUCGAAUCGGGUGCUUCAUGAAGCUAUGCGUAUCGCGAAGGUGCUCCGACGCUGUGGUUUGGUGGUCCAUUUCUGCCACGGGUGUGGUAACAUGAAGAAGCAAAUGAAGACUGCAGAGCGUUAUGGCAGCAGUUACGCUGUGAUUCUUGGAGAAGCAGAAAUUUGUAAGCAGUGCGUCAAAGUAAAGAAUCUCGAGAAGCGUGAGGAGACUGAAGUGCCAGUGGACCAGCUCAGUAGCUUCAAGUUUCUAGGGUAG